UCCAACCAGUCUCUCACGGGGUAUGUCAAGGAUUACUGAUAAUAGGCUUUGCUCAACUCUACCUGCAGUCAACUCUACCUGCAGUCAUGUCAAGAGCAGAAACGGAGCAGAUAUAAUGUUAAAGGAGACUAUGGAUGCAUCAAUUAUAUUUCGUUUGAUUGUUUUCUUUCUUUUAUUAAAUCCUAUCAGCUCAGAGUGUUUUCCAGGAUGCUCCUGUGGGACUGACCGUUAUGGGAGGUCACUCACGUGUAUGGAAGCGCCAUUGUCCGGCAUUCCUGAGGACAUACCGGGAGAUUUAACUAAAAUCCGAAUAGAGAAAUCACUGCUAAGUGAGCUACCAAAGGCAGCGUUUUCCCAUGUUAAGUUGCUAAAGCAUCUCUGGCUGAACUUCAAUGACAUCGCCAUCAUAAAUAUCAAAAGUCUGGAAGGUUUGGGCAACUUGACGGAACUCCGGUUGCAGGGUAACAAACUGCGAUCAGUACCAUGGACAGCGUUUGAGGAAACCCCCAACCUGAAGAUCCUGGACCUGAAGCACAACCGCAUCGACGCCCUCCCGGAGCACGCGCUAAAGUUUCUACCAGGCCUGACCUACUUAGAUCUGUCCUCCAAUCAACUCUCGGUCAUUUCUAAAGACGUCUUCCUGAACUGGCCUCUCUAUCACACAGAAAACCAGCACGAGCGACCUAUUGCGUCCAACGUUGUUCUGGCGCUUCACGACAACCCGUGGCUAUGCGACUGUCGCCUGGGAGGCUUCAUUGAGUUCAUCAAAUCUCUGAGUCCACCAUUCAUUCUAAUGAACUCAUAUUUGACAUGCUCUAGCCCCGAAUUCAAGGCAGGGAAAUUUUUCCAUGAGGUCGAUCUAAUGACGUGUGUGAAGCCUGAGGUCAGCUCCCCAGACACCAACAUCACCGCGCCGUUAGGACGGAACAUCACGCUAACAUGCUUUGCCACGGCCAGACCUGAACCUGCUGUUCGGUGGAUAUAUGGUCUUAAGAUACUAAGAGGAUUUCGUGAGAUUCAGAGCCGUGUGGAUGAGGACACCAUCAAGUCUCAGCUGAUCAUUCCUUCGCUCCAUCUGGCCGAUCGAGGGCUUUACACCUGCACAGCCAACAACUUCAUUGGCAAUUCCUCCAUCAGUGUUUUACUGGAUGUGAAGUCUCCGGAAGGCUCAGUGUCUCAUUCUCCAGGCUUCCCUGCUGCCAUCGCUGAGGAAAAUGUUUACAUUGAUAUCCGUAUUGCCAAGCAGACAGUCUAUGGCAUCACAAUCGAGUGGCAUGCUGUGACAGACAAUCCAGCUGAAACCUGGUUCACCAUCCAUUUUGGCCGAUAUGACACACCAAAGAAGGAGCAGAUAUAUAUUGGGCCAGGUAUCAACACAUACUCUGUCACAGACCUGCUACCAGCCACUAAAUAUGAAAUCUGUGUCACUCUGAAAAACCAGGCUCCUCGGAAUGGCCAGUGCAUUGUAUUUGUGACAGGCAGUGAUUUCAAUGAAAUGCAACAGAGAGAGAAGCUCAUUCAUAUUAUCAUCAUUGUACUUGCCAUGGUGCUGGCUGUGCCCGCGGGAAUGUAUGCCUGUACCACCGAUGCCAAGUUCAACUGCUUUGAGCGUUGCACGGAGAUGUGGAGAAACAGGAGACAAUCUGAACGCUCUCACACAUCUGAUGAGAGACAGGGCACAUUUGACAGUCUCCAAGCUGCCAGUGAUGAGGGCCUCUGCAAGGAGUCCAGCAAAGAGCGGAAAGCCAGACGAAGGUCUGCUGAAAAGAUACAGAAACUAAAGAAUGAACGGAGACCAACAGCUGAGCUUUACUGACACCACACACUCAAAGACAGCUAUAGACUCAUUAAUACCCAUGAAAGGAUUCAGACAAGCCUCCAUUUUAAUUACAUUGUGACAUUUAUCCAGCUUGAGUGGAGAUCCGAGUAAAGUUAAUAUGCUUAUUUUGGAUGCAACAGUCUUCAGAAGAGAGUCUCAUUUGGUCAUGAGCUCAUGGAUCAGUUGCUGCUGGACAGGGUUUUCCUAACAAACUGGUAAAAUCUACCGAAUAAAAGCAAAGACCAUUAAUACACUGAAUCUCUAUUACAAUUAUUAUCAGAAGAGAACAAAUGCACUUUGACAGCUCGUGACAAUUAGUAGUGCCCAAAACAUGGACGACAUUCAUAAUUCAACUACUGUAUAUAAAAUGUCAGCUUGUUAUAUGUAUACUUGUAUGAUUGUUAAAUUCAUUGGCAUGUUUUAUGUAACAGAUUUAUUUUAAUGCACAUAAUGCGAACACAGGAGUAAAAAAGCAGAUUAGGAUUUUUUAUGCCUGUUCAAUAUCAGUUCAAUCUAACAGUGGACCAAAUUCUUAUCUUAAAAUAGACACAGGUGUCAGCCAGCAAGCCUUUUGACGAGCACACUGAAAAUGUCAUAUACAGACAAUGAACACUAAACAAUGACUGAUAUAC